AAGCAGGCUGCAGCUCAGCUAAUCCUCCAGUAAACUUUCCUCAGUUCAUCACCUCCUACAAUUGGACUCUGGGAUUAUUUGACGCGUUCGGGAAAGUGUGAGGAACUUCACACUGUGCUCAGGGGCAAGAUGCUGCUGCCAGUUCCCGCCUGCCUCAGCUCCUGGACGGUGGCUAUGUUAGCAGCUCCCAUACUCUCAACCACUCCAUGUGGGCACUGAACGUUACAGGACGCCCCCUGAUGCACCAAUGAUUUUGGCAGCACUACAGAGGCAUGUUACAAGCACGAUUCCUUAUUCUCCUUGUACCGUUGUCCAUGAAUUUUCAGGGAGCGUCCGUUGAAGUCCUAGAGAACACAGUGGAAAAGUGGAAAAGAUAUUCUGACGAAUGUUUCCGAAACAUGUCCCGGACCUCACAGCCGAAAGGUGUGGUGUGUAACCGAACCUUUGAUAAGUAUGCCUGCUGGCCCGACGGUCUCCCAAACACCACUGUGAAUGUCUCCUGUCCCUGGUACUUACCCUGGUAUAAUACAGUGCAGGAUGGCUUUGUGUUCAGAAAGUGUGGACCUGACGGUAACUGGGUGAUGGAAUCCAUUAGACACCCCUGGAGGGACAGUAGCCAAUGCAAAGAUGACCCCAAGGAUGACCGAGCUCAGCAGGAACAGGGGAAGAUAUUACAUGGCUUCAAGAUAAUGUACACAGUGGGAUAUUCGCUGUCCUUAGGAACCUUAGUGUUGGCCCUGGGAAUUCUGGUGGGAUUUAGGAAGCUUCACUGUAUGAGGAACUACAUCCACAUGAACCUGUUUGCCUCAUUCAUCCUGCGAGCAGUCUCAAUCCUCAUUAAAGACGCUCUUUUCAAAACGCAGUACAAACAAAUCACAGAGGAUGUUGACAUUAAAGUCUGGUUUAACAAUGAGACUGCAGCAGGUUGCAGAACAGCUCAAGUGCUCAUGCAGUACUGCAUCGGGGCGAAUUACUAUUGGCUGCUGAUUGAAGGGAUCUACUUACACAAUCUGCUGGUGAUCGCCGUCUUCUCUGAAAAGAGCUACUUUAAUAUUUAUUUAUGCAUCGGCUGGGGAGCACCGGUGUUAUUCGUUGUUCCCUGGGUGGUUGUCAAGUAUUUAUAUGAGAAUACUGGGUGUUGGACAACAAACGAGAAUAUGGCAUACUGGUGGAUUAUCCGCUCUCCUAUCCUGCUCUCUAUACUGAUCAAUUUCUUCAUUUUUAUCAGAAUUAUUCACAUUCUUGUGUCUAAACUCAGAGCUCACCAAAUGAGGUACACAGAUUAUAAAUUCAGACUGGCCAAGUCUACGCUGACCCUGAUCCCCUUGCUGGGGAUCCAUGAAGUGGUGUUUGCCUUUAUCACAGACGAACACGCCCAGGGGACUCUCCGCCACGUCAAGCUCUUCUUUGACCUCUUUUUGAAUUCCUUUCAGGGUAUGCUGGUGGCCAUAUUGUACUGCUUUGUCAACAGAGAGGUCCAGUCGGAGCUCCUGAAGAAAUGGAAGAGAUGGAAGCUGGGCCAGGACAUUGAGGAAGAGUACAGGCACACUUAUAGCCAGCCUGCCCAGGCGAGGAAUGGGAGUGCCAACCUGGACAAACACAAGUUAGUCAGCAACUAUCACAACGGGACAGGUGAGAUCUCCCAGCACACCGUGGGACCCCCGGCCCAAUUCACCGAGUCGUCAUCUGAACAAAUAACAUUGAAGGGAAAGCCCCCCUACUUCGAGUGUCCAAAACAAACAGACCACAAAGCUUUCUGUCUGUUGGAGAGUCAUUGUUAGAUGCACCAUCACCCCCAGGUUUCUGAUGGGACAGACAAGGAGGAGUGACUGGGAGCCCAAGGCAAGACUUUGAAAACCGCCGAAUCUGGAGCCGAAAGCAGAGAGGAGCUCACCCACCAUGAUUCCACCAAAAUGCUUGAUGGGUUUUUUUUUCAGGGGACUUGGGUCAUGUCCAUUUUGACUUCAUCCUGUUUUCAGAGCAGUGUUCCUGCUACACGUGUGCCCGGCCCCGGGCUGACACUCACAGGACUCUUACUUUUUUUUCAAAAACAAACAUGUUGCAGUAAUAAAACAAUUCAGGCGACGGUGAACAAAAGCGCUAUCUACCGAACGGGUAACUGGGAAAGGUGUUAAGGUGACACUUGAAGGGGCACUGAUGGUUCAAGAGGAAGAAGGAUUAUUUUUAAUAGAUAUUAAAUGUCCCCACAAAACCCACCAGAGGGAUUUAAGAUAGUGUGAGGCUUAUCGAGAGGGUGUGACUAGCCAGGUGGUGGCUACAGUAAGCUCUCGAGAGAAACCACCUCAUCCUUGCUGCAGAUUUCCCUUCAGCUAAUGCACCACCACCAACUCUGACUGGUCGAGCCCUGCUAAACCUAAAUUAUUGGUUGUGUGUGUGUGUGUGUGUGUGUGUGUGUGUGUGUGUGUGUGUGUGUGUGUGUGUGUGUGUGUGUGUGUGUGUGUGUGUGUGUGUGUCUAUCUGCAUGUUUUUACCUGCCACAGGAUGUGGGCAUCACUGGAUAGGAGAAAGUGAGGACUGCAGAUGCUGGAGAUCAGAGCUGAAAAAUGUGUUGCUGGAAAAGCGCAGCAGGUCAGGCAGCAUCCAAAGAAGAGGAGAAUCAACGUUUCGGGCAUGAGCCCUUCUUCACUGGAUAGACCAACAUUCACUGCCCAUCAUUAGUUGCCCUUAUAAAGGGGGGACUGAGCUGCCUUCUUGAAUCACUGAAGUCCAUCUGAUGGACCAAGUGAGUGUACUUAUCUGUGUGUGUGGCAGGCUGUGCCUGUAGCUUUUUGGUCGUGUGUGUGUGUGUGUGUGUGUCCACCUCAGCCUCACGUGAACAAGAUGUUCAAUGUGGUUUGGUCACAUUAGAAAGAUGCUGUGGGAUCAAAGAUGAACUGAUACAUCAGCACAUCAAACAGCAGCAGACAGCUGGUGUACAGAGUUAUAUCUAAACGUCAACAUGUGUGCAUAAAGUCUCCAGCACCCUGUGAAUUCUCGAGUUGGAAAUCUAAACUUUAACAUUUGUUGUUAGACAGCAACAAGGUCUACCAGCUGUUUAAAAAACUCGAACAAAUCUUCAUCUGAAAUGAAGAUCUUGACCAUUUCUCAGUGAUGGUGGAUUUGGUGAAGUUAAUGCUACUUAUUCAUAGUUUUCCAUUGCCCAGUUCUUCAAAACAUCAAGGAGUAACAAGUCUCUAAUAUUCCUCAUCUCCAGUGAGAACGCAACCUGGCCGGUCAGCAGGUAUAAAAUAUACACAAAAACAUAGCAAACAUUACCCUGGAAGUUAGGAUGUGUGCAAUAUACACAAACACUUCUAGAUACACACACUCUUAUAGACAUGCACACUCACCCACACACACACAGUUAUAGACAGAUACACACACACACACAGAGUUAUAGGCAGAUAUGCACACACCCACACCCACACAGUUAUAGACAGAUACACACACACAUAUGCAUAACACACACACACAGUUAUAGACAGAUACACACACACCCACACACACACAGUUAUAGGCAGAUACACACACACCCACACAAACACAAGUAUAGACAGAUACACACACCCACACACACAGUUAUAGACAGAUAUACACACACACACAUGCACAGUUAUAGACAGACAGACAGACACACAAGGUUAUAGACAGAUACACACACACACACAAUUAUAGGCAGAUAUUCACACCCACAUACAGACAGAUAUAUGCGCACCACCCAUCCACACACACCCACACACACACCCACAGUUACAGACAGAUACACACACACCCACAUACAUACACACAAUUAUAGAUAGAUACACAUACCCACACACACAUCCAUACACACACACACAUACACAGUUAUAGACAGCUACCCACGCACACACCCCAUACAGUUAGAGACAGAUACACCCACACACUCAUACCCAUACACACACACUUUUAUAGGCACAUACGCACACACCCACCUACACACUUAUAGACACACAUACUCUCAUAGACACACAAACAUUUACAGACAUGUACACACAGUUAUAGAUACACCCGAACACAUAUACAUGCAGAUACACACUUAUACACAGGAAUGCACAUACAUUCACACACAUGCACAUAAUAUGCCAGAUUCUGUUUGGAAAUGAAUACCAAGUCAUUCAAGAGAAAAGGUUUUGCAUUAUUCACUCAGAGGAGUGGUUGGCUCUGGCUAGACCAGCAUUUAUUGCCCGUCCCUACUUGCCCUGGGGAAGGUGGUACUGUGCUACCUUCUUGAAACGCUGCAUCCGUGUGCUGUAGGUACACCCACAAUGCCAUGAGGGAGGGAAUUUUAACCGAGUGACAGUGAAGAAAUUUUAUUCACGUACCUGCAAAGAAAGUGUUUUCAUUAGCACAGGGGCCGGAAACCAGAGGACAGGGCUGUAAAAUAAUUGAUAAAAGGACAGUGGUAGGAGCAUGCAUGGGGAAGGGCCUGUUAUAACAGACAGGGGGAGAGAUUAUUUUACACCGGGGGGUUGAUAUGACCUGGAAUGCAAGGCCUGGGCGGGAUGGUCAAGUGCAGAAUUCAAGGGGGACCCAGAGAUGUAUUUACAAAAUUUUGCCAAAAGAAGAGGGGACUGGGACUAAUUAGACUGCCAAUUUAUAAGGAGCCAACAUUGUUCCAAUGGGCCAAAUAGCCUCCUGUGUGCUGCAAGAUUCUGUGAAAAUUAGGGGGAAUCAACCAAAGCUCUUGCUGUUUUGCUAUCCACCUUAACUUUGACAAUAACCCAUCACAAAACUGCAAGCAGAAUCGGGAAGAAAUUAUACCGAGACUCCUGGGCAUGAGGGUUAUCAGUGAUAGACUGAGAUGGGUGGCCUCCCAUUGUGGGAUUGAGGCCUAGUACAGAGGUUGCAGCUGAAUUGACACAGAGGGAGAGCAGUGGAGGUUCACCAGGUUGAUAUUGGGAUGGAAGCAUUGUCCUUUGAAGAGAGAUUGGUUCAAGUGCACCUGUGCUCGCUCGAGUUUAGGGGGAUGAGAGGGGGAUCGAUUGAAACAUCCAACAUACUAACUGGGCCGGACAGACUUGAUAUACAGAGGAGGCUUCCACCCAGGCAGGGUAGUCUGGAACCAGGGGUUAUAUCCUCAGGGACAGACAAUUCUGGACUGAGAUCAGGAGAAACUUCAUUACUUAAAGGGGUGUGAACCUGUCAAAUUCUCUACCACAGAAAGCCGUGGAGGCCAAGUCACUGAAUAUAUUCGAGAAAACGAUUUAUAAGUUUUCAGGUUUUAAAGACAUCAAGGGCCAUGGGGAGAAAAUGGACCCGCUCUGAUAUUGAGUGGGAGAGUGACCUCAAAGGGCUGCAUGACCUACUCCUGUCGCUGGUUUCUGUAUCACUAUGAAAUGAAUGGGAAGCAAAGCUGGGCCUAUGUCAAUGCCAGCUCCUUAAUGGGGACCUUCUCCCAAGCCUCCUCAAUUAUCCGCCCCACCUCACACCCACCCCUUGAUGUAUCCAAACUAGUCAGCUGUUCAGGUGGUUGAAUAUAAUGGCCAGUGUGGGGACACUGAUGGACACCACCGUCCCGAGCACAGAUCAUCUCCCUGCUUCAGCACAUUCACUUUGACUCCUUGCAGUUGUGAUUUGGUGUCAGUAGUGCAUAGUGUUGGAUCACUGCUUCCCAGAGCUUCAGGUCGGAGUUAAACAAGGAGUAAACAUAUGGCCAACAUUCUGUGCCUCCACUGGGUUUUCACCUCACUCCAGUCUUAUUACAACGUGAGGUAAUAAUCUGAUCGGAACUCCGAGUUUCAGAAUCCCACGUUCAGCUAGAACUCUUGAAUAAUUCACCAAUGCCUCAACUUUCGUAGAGUUUCUUGCUAGUUCAGAUUGUAGCAUUAACUAAAACUUGGGAUGUGAACAAUUGUUGCCAAUCUUGAAGUGCUAGGUCAGCCAUACUGGAGUCACAUGUAGGCCACAGCGGAUAAAGAUGGCAGAUUUAUGAACAAGAUGGCUUCCGAUGACAAUCCAUGAUAGUUUCUGUUACUGUAAACAGCUUUCAAAUCCAGAUUCUUAAUUGAGCGAAUUUAAAUUCCUUAACCAUCGUCGGUGAAAUUUGGAGCAGUUUCCCCAAAACAGCAACCACGGCCUAGAUUACAGUCCAGAGUCUUGGGUCAUUGUGCCACCAUUUCCUUAGCUUUACUGCUCAACCCUGGGCCUAGACCCUAGGCUAUGGAGAUCGGGCUGGAGGGUGGGACCAGCUGGGUAGGGGUAGCUCCUCCGGGAGUUGGUACAGACAUGAUGGGCCAAAGGGCCUCCUUCUGUACUGUAACAUUUUCAUUUACCUUCUCAUGUUGGGGAAAGAGUUCAAAGGUUACUCAAGUGGGCUGGGUUUCCAUGGGAACUGAGCCAUCCAGGAGUUUGGAACUCUACCUCCGGGAGUUAUCCAGUUUGGGGCCUAGCAUAAAAACCCAAGGAGAGAUUCCAAACCUGCGAUAACAGGAUGGGGCAAGACUGAGGAACAUACACCAUGUUCAGCAGGGUCAGGGGUCAGUGGGCUGUAGCAUCUCCUCCCCAGAGCUAAAGAGAGGGCAGAGAAACCACCUCAUGGUUGGAGCUUCUGAUUGUUGUCCAAUAACAGCCAGUGGAGAGUGAGCUGUGAGGCCCCUCAUGGUCGAUUGACUCCAGGUGAAGGUCAGAGAUGCGUGUGGAGCCUGAACCUAGCAGGAGGUGGGGGAGGGGGAGAGGGUAGGAGGAUUGGGUGCCCGGAACAGUGCCGUUGGGAUCACUGCCGUUGCACUCUCUGGUUUGGACAUGGUUUGUCAGCCCUUAUCCCCAAUCUCCAGCUGGGUGCUGAAGAGAGAGAGAAUAAAGAGCUGAGGACAUUGGAGAACUAAAUGAAAGAAAAUACACACACAGAGCUGGAGAAACUCAGCAGGUCUGUCUGUGGAGAGAGGAACAGAGUCAAUGUUUCAAGUCAGAUGUCCAAGAAGACACGGGGAGUGUCAGAUCAGGCCUGAUCCUAGAGAGGGGUCAAAUGGCCUACUCCUGUUCUGAUUCCUUAUUGUCUUCUAACCCUCAAUGAAACAUUAACUCUCCUUCUCUCUCCUCAGAUGUUGCCAGAGCUGCUGAGUUUCUCCAGCACUUUGAGUUUGGAGGUCGAGCAGAGUUCAGUUUAAUGAGGAUGUCGAGGGUUGAGGAACACAGAAAGAAGCCUCGACCCUCUCACUAAAGCAGACCUAUCCCUCUCGAAUGCAGUAAGAUAGUCAGUGAUGUAUCAUUCCCUCCAGACAGUGCGUGGAGAUGAGGAGAGGGGGUUCCUCUGUGCAAUGUCCUUUAUAAAGAAGGGGUUAUUUCCUGGAUACACAGGAAAACUCCUCUAAGAGAAUGAACAUCGACAGUAAUUAUCCCUUUUAGGGACAACCUGACCUUGGGCAAGGAGGAAUCCUUUCACUUAUCUUUGUAUUCCAUGGUUUUGCCUUUAAUUUAUAGAUGGGAUUGUUCCUUUCUUUACCCUGUAAUGCAAGCCUUGAGGCAGGGAAAGGUUGGGCUCAUUAGCUGUUCUCUUUGAUGUCCCCUCACAUUCUUUUCCAUCCCAAUGCCUCACUUAGCGCCUCUUCAUGUAAUUUGCUUCAGUCGCUGGCAGAGUGUGUUGUCAAUUGAGGUCAGGUACCAUGUUCAGUGCCUGUUACCGGCUUGCACAGUGGACCGCAAUGGAUAUGUUUCUUUUUUUUAACGUUGUCUGGCAAAUGCUUGGAGAUGUUAAAUGUGCAAUGAAUUCCAAAUUGGUUUUGGAAAUGUGCGUGUAAAAAUAACUCAAAAAAUCUAGAAAUUGUUAAAGCCUAUUUGCACAAUUUAAUUUAUGUGAACAUGUGAAUACCAGUGUACAGAUAUCUAUAUAUAUAUACACGCCAUAAAGACUUUUGUACGUGACAUUCCCAGGUAGACAUUCCCAUCCUUUUGAGCUGAUGGUGUUGCUAAUGAUUAUAGUGCCCUCUUUACAUUAAGGGUCCCAGAGACUGAGGGAGGUUCUGGGGCUAGUGGUGGAUCAGACGCGGUCCUUCUGAAUGUAGCUUUUCAUGGAGAAUGCAUGCCCCCAGCAUGAUCACCAUCUUUUCCUGUGUGUGCAAUAAGCUUGGCCCACACUUAGCUGUGUUUAGCUGACAAUAUUGACGAGAGGGGAGGUCCCUUUGGUGCUUUCAGGGGUCCUUCUCUUCAGCCCCCUCCCCACCCCUCGCACUCUCGGACCCUCCCCUCAUGCCUCGGCCAUCUGCUGAUCUCCCACCAGCUUCCUGUAAACACAUGCAGGUUUGUCACCGAUGAAACUGAAGAGGGACCAGACAAAAUGAGUGAAUGUUAUGUUUAGUCCCCUGUACCACAUUGUGAAAAUAAAAGCAAAGGCAAGCUUUUGUUGAUCACCUAAGGCCUAAUAGUUUUCUGUUUCGUACUGCAACUGCAUGGUCUUAAAAAAAACAAUCCUGCAUUGCUAUAGCACCUUUCACAACAUCAGGGCUUCUCAGGGUGCUUUACAAUCGAGCGUUCGUUUGGAAGGGUAACAGGGAGAGAGGUGUGGAGGUGAUGGCCUGGUGGUAUGAUCGCUGUGUUAUUAAUUCAGAGACCCAGAUAAUGUUCAUCCCUUCAUGGCAGAUUCAAUAAAAAAAACCUGGAAUUAAGAAUCUAA